GUCAAGGGAAUGAUAUCGUCAGAUGAGUACCAACUUUCUGAAAUAUAUGGAUAUCUAAUUUUGAUCAUUUUUUUAUUAUCAAUAUUCGUAAUUCUAUAUCUGUUCCUGGACGUAAGGGCACGCUUGCCUUGGUAUAAUUUUACUGAUUUAUUCAAAGAUAAUGUUAAUACCUCCACAUCUAAUACAUCUGAGAAUGUUGUUUCACAAUCAACAAAACUUGGCGUACCGUUAAUUCAAUCAAAGAAAAAUGCUACACUACGUAAACGUUCCAUUCGUAAACCAGUAACAGCGGCAGCAACAACCUCGACACCGUCACCGUCGUCAUCAACAAAAGUGUCAAAUAAAUCCUCAUCUUCAUCAAUUCACUCAAUUGAUCCCGCUGAACAUCACGAUCAUCAGCGCCAUCAUGAAAUAGAUGAGUUCGUUUUAAAAACUGACAAUCAAAAUGAAUCUAUUCAUCAUUUUAAAAAUGAAACUAAUAUAUGUUCGGUUAAAUAUGAACCAGAUGUCAGCGAACUCAUGACAAUGACAACAACAACAACAAAAGAUAUCGACGAUAUUAACAAUGAAAAAAUAAAAGUAUCCAGUAGUAAUAAUAGUAGUAGCUGCCGUAAUACUACUGGCAAAUCAUUGAAAACAAAGAAAUCCAAUCCUAUACAUCAUGAAGAAUCCUGUAAGUCAUCAGUUGUUGAAUCAUCAUCCUCGUCAACUGUUCCUGUAUCAUUGAAACAUUCACGCCUGUCUACUACUUCUACUACCAUCACUUGUACUCCUCCUCCUAUUCCAGAUCUGCCAGAAACAUUAAAUAUUCCAAGGAAUAAUCAUGAUGUUGAUGUUGAUGUUGAUGUUGAUGAUACUGAUAAUAAUAAUGGUGAAUGGUUAUGUGCUAAUAUGAAAACAGUUAGACGUCGUCGACGUAAUAAUAAUAAUAAUACUAUUACUACUACUAAUACUACUGAUAAAGAUGUGAAGCAAUCAUCGAGUCCAACUAAUCAACGUGUUAUUCAUGUUGAUAAUAACAUCAAAUUAGAAGAGGAACACAUUCAACCACCACCGCCACCAACUUCAGCAGUCGUUGUUGAAAGCAAUCUAAACAAGUUCAGUUCUAUUGAUGACAAUGACAAGAUUGUGGAUCAACAAUGUAAAACUAAUGAAUCGACAAUGGAAAAUAAUAAUUCUACCACAUCAGAUAAACAAUGUGUCAUGGAACAUUUGUCAACUAAUCCAUUGACUUUCGAUAAUACUACUACUACUACCGCUGUUAGUAGUAGUACUAAUAGUUCAAAUGAGCCAUCCAUUAAUAAUAAUACUACAACAAUACAUCAUCAUUCCACUACAUCUAUUCUCUCAUCAAAACGUAAACGUCGUAAUCAUUCAAAGAAACUGAAAUCAACCAAUGAGGAAGAAGCAGAAGAAGAAACAAUGAUUCGCCAAAAGAAUAAUGCAGAAAAUUUAAAAACCAAUCGUCAUCUCUUCUUAUCAAGCGGAACUUCAAUCGAUCAUGAUGAUCAGUCCACAUUGUUAUCGAUUAAACAAAUUGUUGAACAUGAUGAUGAUGAGGAUGAGGAUGACGCGGAAAAUGGUUUUGAAUUAAUCGAAUUGCCGAACACAUCGUCAUCAUUAUCUCCAACUCCAUCAUCGUCUGCAUCGUUGUCUGCGAUGGAAUCUGAUGAAUUGGAAGUACAUUCACCAUCCUCGCCGUCCUCAUCGUCAUCGUUAUCGUCAUUGACUACGCUUACUGUUACUGCUCCGACGACGACUACCGCCACUAUUACCAGCACAACGAAUGAGGAGAUAACAUCAUCGUCGGCGGCGACGACGACACGUGAUCUACUCUCACAUUUUCCACCAUUAAUUAAAACUGAUCAUGGUGAUCCAAUUGCUGUAACAAUGGAAGUUGAUCUACUUGAAAGUGGUCGACAUCCACAAGCUAAUAAAUUGUUAAAAUUAGCUUUAAGUGGUAAUCAUAAUAAUCACAGCGAAACUAGUCAUCAACAGCGACAGUCAAUGAAUAAUGAUUCUGUCAGCGGAACUUGUACUACUACUAGUACUACUAAUACUACUGUUAGUAGUAGUAGUAGUGGUGCUGGCAAUAAAAAUACAACAAAACGUUCAAAAGCAAGAAAAACUGAUUGA